AUGGCAAGGCUUAAAACCUACUCAGACAAGUUAGAGAUCUUGCGAGUUUGUAGCUCGGCUUCUGGAGAGCCUCUCUGCCAAUAUGGGCUAUCAGUGGAUGGCAGUACAUUGAAGUUUCAAAGAUCCUGCAGCACAUACAACAACUGCCUUGAAGCUUUCAGAAACAAUUCCCUUACAUGCAAAAAUUGGUCCAAUGGCACUGCUUGUGUUGCUUGUUGCAGAGACAACUUAUGCAAUAAGAAUGAUUUCCCUGGUUGGACGCAUUCCUUUGAACUUCAUCUGAUUUUUACCGUGGACGCAUAUUCGACUUUUAAGAAGUUAACUGAAAAUGUAAACACCACAGAAAACGUAUCUAGAGCUGUGGAACACGAGUUAUUAACCUCGACAGGAGUAUUUAAAGUUGAAUAUUGUAGCUCGGAGAAAAGCUCAGUGGUGUUUACUAUUUACUGUACAGUCCUCAUUGAAAGUACUAAAGAUCGAGUUUUGCAAAAUCUUUACAAAAUUUUGAAUACAUCCCAAACAUUGCGUAACUCGGGAAUAAACCAAGUUAAGGUGAAAUCAAAGGGUGAAAUGUUUUGUAACGAAGACACAUCAACUAACAAUGGUACAUUCAAGUGGCCAAUGACAAAAGUAGGAACUAAUGCGACGAUUCCUUGUCAUGCAAACGUAGCAACAAGAAACUGGUUCGUUUGGAUUGUUUUCUCUCUUCACAAAUUUUGA